AUGGCAGCACCACAAGGGGGUUACCCUCCUCAGGAAGGGUACGGCCAACCCGCGUAUGGCGCCCCGGAACCCACACAGUCGCCGGCCGCCGGACAAGCUGCGCCUGCACCCGUAGCUGGCGGAAAAAAGAAGAGAGCAUACGCUGGCGAGGCCUUCGAUUUCGGUUCUGGGGCUAAUGCCGCACUCGGUGGACAGCAGACAGCCGGGGGUGCUUACGGUGCCUACCAGCAGCCCCAAGCUGCUGGAUAUCAACAACCAGUCUACGGCGCAGACCCAAACCAGAUGCAGCCCGCAGCAUCAUACGGAGCUGAUGUCACCCAAAUGACACAACAAUUUGGCGGAAUGGGAAUGGCCGAGCCUCACCACAUGCCACCCCCGCAGCCUGUGGCCCAAGCCCCUAUGCGACCUCAAGUUCAGCUCAACCAGCUUUACCCCACUGACCUUCGGUCCCAGCCCUUCAACGUCGCUGAGCUGGAUUACCCCCCUCCUCCCGUCAUUCUGCCCCCGGGUACCAGUGUUUACCCAUCGCCCGAAGCCAACUGCCCCACGAAAUAUAUGCGAUCCACGCUGAACGCUGUUCCCACAACCAACUCCCUUCUGAAGAAGUCGAAGUUGCCCUUCGCUCUUGUCAUUCAACCUUACGCCGCUCUUCACGAUGCCGAGGACCCCAUUCCUGUGAUUCCCGACCAAGUCAUCUCCCGAUGCCGACGUUGCCGCUCCUACAUCAACCCCUUUGUCACCUUCCUCGACCAUGGCCACCGCUGGCGUUGCAACAUGUGUAACCUGACCAACGAUGUGCCCCAGGCCUUUGAUUGGGACUCGACACUGCAAAAGCCAGCUGAUCGCGCGCAGCGUUUCGACCUUAAUCACAGCAUGGUGGAAUUCAUUGCGCCUCAGGAAUACAUGGUUCGCCCACCACAGCCUCUGGUUUACCUUUUCUUGAUUGAUGUGAGCUAUUCAUCGGUGACCAACGGUCUUUUGGCCACCACUGCACGCACAAUUAAGGAGAGUCUCGAUCGCAUCCCAAAUGCAGACCGCCGAACUCGUCUGGGCUUCAUCGCAGUGGACUCCAGCUUGCACUACUUCAGUAUUCCACGGGAUGAGUCAGGAACUUCAGAGCCCCGUAUGUUGGUUGUUAGCGAUUUGGAUGAGCCCUUCCUUCCUAUCCCCGGUGACCUCCUUGUGACGCUGAGCGAAUGCCGGGAAAACAUCGAGGUCUUCCUCGACAAGCUGCAGGAAAUGUUCCAGAAUACCCAGAACAACAGCUGCGCCAUGGGCUCGGCAUUGCGCGCCGGUUACAGGCUGAUCUCUCCCGUUGGUGGAAAGAUGACCGUUCUGAGCUCAUCUCUGCCCAACGUCGGCCACGGAGCGCUUACCAUGAGAGAAGACAAGAAGGUGCUGGGCACCAGCAAGGAAUCCGGUUUGCUUCAAACGGCAAACUCAUUCUACAAGAGCUUUGCGGUCGAAUGCUCAAAAGCCCAAGUGUCCGUGGACAUGUUCCUGUUCUCCUCUCAGUAUCAGGAUGUUGCAUCCCUUAGCAAUUUGCCCCGCUACACUGGUGGUCAAACCUACUUCUACCCUGGCUGGAACGCUGCACGCAGCGAGGAUGCCAUCAAGUUCGCCAGUGAAUUCUCAGACUACCUGUCUUCGGAGAUUGGUCUGGAGGCCGUUCUCCGUGUUCGUGCUACCACUGGUCUGCGUAUGAGCACCUUCUACGGUAACUUCUUCAACCGCAGCUCCGACCUUUGUGCUUUCCCGGCCUUCCCUCGUGAUCAGGCCUAUGUGGUAGAGGUCGCCAUCGAUGAGACUGUCACCAAGCCCGUCGUCUGCAUGCAGGCCGCUGUUCUUCACACUACCUGCAACGGUGAACGCCGUAUUCGUGUCAUGACGCUAGCACUGCCUACAACUCAAAAUCUGGCAGAUAUUUACGCUUCAGCUGAUCAGCAAGCCAUUGCCACAUUCUUCAGCCACAAGGCCGUUGAGCGCACAUUGAGCAGCGGUCUGGAGCCUGCUCGUGAGGCUCUUCAAGCUAAGAUUGUCGAGCUUUUGCAAACCUACCGCAAGGAACUUGCAGGUGGUACCGCCAGCGGUGGUGGUCUUCAGUUCCCUGCUAACCUGCGAGCCCUGCCUGUCUUGUUCCUUGCAAUGAUCAAGAAUCUUGGUCUUCGCAAGUCUGCUCAGAUCCCAACGGAUAUGCGAUCCGCGGCACUCUGCCUCCUGUCAACCCUGCCCCUGCCGCUCCUCAUUCAAUACAUCUACCCGAGGAUGUACUCACUCCACGACAUGCCAGACACUGCUGGUUUGCCCGACGAGCAGACAGGUGAAAUAAUCCUGCCUCCCGCCGUCAACCUGUCUGCUGGCCGUAUCGUUCCAUUCGGUCUGUACCUGAUCGACGAUGGUCAGACCCAGUUCCUCUGGGUUGGGCGCGAUGCCGUCCCCCAACUCAUUGAGGAUGUUUUCGGGGUCCCCGACAAGACCCAACUGCGUGUGGGCAAGCAGACCCUCCCCGAAUUGGACAAUGAGUUCAACCAGCGUGUACGGGCAGUUGUUGAGAAGAGCCGGGACCACCGUGCCAAGGGUGUGGGCAGUAUGAUCGUGCCUCACCUGUACGUGGUUCGCGAGGAUGGCGAACCUGGUCUGCGCCUCUGGGCUCUUACCAUGCUUGUUGAGGAUCGUGCCGAUCAAAGUGUUAGCUUGGAUCAGUGGAUGGGCUCUUUGCAAGAGAAGGCCUGA